UGGGUCUGGGUGGAUUAUUCAUCAGAGGGUCUCUGUGGAAGUGUUGGGCCGAAGGGCCUGUUUCCACACUCUCAGGAAUCUACGAUCCCAAAAUCUGAAGAGAUCUCGGAAAACUAAAAUCGCUGGAGAAUCUCGCCGCGUUGGCCCGCGUGUUUGGCGAGACAGCCGAGUUUGCCUUUCCCGUUCAGUGCCCUUCCUCCAGGACUGACAGCAGGCCGGCGGAGGUGGUAUUGACAGGGACGGGAGGGGUCCAGUGAGUCCCUUGAGUCCGUUCCGCCAUUGGGUGAGCUGAGGCAAGGCCUAACUCCUCCUCACUGAUGCCCUCUCGCCCAGGCAGUUUCCCGGGAAACCUCUCCAAGGCCUUCACCUCCUCCCUGUCACUUGGUGACCAGAGAAUCGAACGCAGUCCUCUCGGUGCGGCCGAAUCCAAGUCUCGUAACGUGGCACCCUUGUACCCGGCGCCCCAACCAAUGAAGGAUGGAAGACCGGAAGCCGUCCCGCCACCGGGCGCCCGAGGACGUGAGGCGGCAGAAGCGCAAGGAGCUGGACGCCAGGCGGAGCAAGACCCGCAUCCGCCUGGGCACCCACCUGGAGCAGUGGUGCCACGUCAAGGACCAGCUGGGCUUUCACCUCCAUUCCGACUUUGCCAAGUUCCUGCUGGACAGGUGGGCUCAGCCAUCCCACCGCCUUUCCCGGUGCCCGCUCGCGGACCACUCCGUCUGAACCCGGGUGGUGCCCGGAGCGUUGACCACGUUUACGCUGCCCAAGCCGUCAGGCACAGUUUCCACUGGAACACUCCCAGCACGGGGUUAGAUACAGAGUAAAGCUCCAUCUACACUGUC